UAACCGCCUUGGGCCACAACUUCGGAGAAUCGACGCGGCACAGCUAGGCUCAUUGAUCCUUCGACUUUCCUUUGCCUCAUUCUCCUUUCUAAUCGACCCGUGUACCCAACCGGGACUUUCAAAACGUCAAGAGUCUGGAAGUUGCCAGGGCACAAGGAGGUUGCGCGUCGGCCAGAUUCCCGUCUGUGCUCCCCACUCUCGCCAUGGCCCAUAUUUGCCAUUCGCCGCCCAGGAACCCGAGUCAGGCUGCUCAAACAGUCCCUGUUUGGCUAAUUUUGGCCAAUCCAUGGCUGUUCCCUGUGCCGGUAUUCCCCUGGCCACAUCUCGAGUGGGAUAUAAAGAGUUGAGAAACUUCCGGGUUGUGGAAGAGGCUCUUUCUUCACCUCUCCAACGCCCAUCCCAACGAGUCUCUGAAAAGUUAAACCUGCUUUACAUUUUAUCCUCUCUCUAGCAAAGCUAUAGUGAUCAAGCACCGACCUCCUCCACCCGUGACAGACGUCCAUACCAUAUACACACCUCACAAAAUGCCGUCCCUACUUUCUUCAACGACCCUCAUCUUCGGUGUGCUGGCCACAUCCGUUCUCGCCAACCCCCAAUACGACUACGGCGGUUCUUCUGGCUCGUCGUCUUCUAUGUCGUCAGCCAGUGCGACUGCAGCCGCCGCAGCCUCUACAGCCUCCAACAUUCACUCCGUCAAGGUCGGACCCGCCCUCACAUUCACACCAGACACCGUCACCGCUGCAGAGGGCGACUGGGUUGAGUUCACCUUUGGUGCUGGUCACAGUGUUGCAGAGAGUUCAUUCGCCGCCCCUUGCGUACCAAUCAGUGGUAGCGCCGGUGUGUACUCAGGAUUCCCCAACGACGGCGAUGUUUGGCGGAUCCAGAUCAACAGCACCGAUCCUCUGUGGCUGUACUGCUCCGCCACUGGUCACUGUGAGGGUGGAAUGGCCAUGGUUGUCAAUCCUCCGUCAAGCGGCAACACCCUCUCUGCAUACAAGUCUGCCGCGCAAAACGCCCAGGGUUCCUCCCCUGAGACGGUUCAAGGUGGCAUCUUCGGUGCGGCAGUCGCUAGCGGAGGCUCCAGCAGCAGCGCCUCGUCGUCAUCAACCGCCAGUGCAACCGGAUCCAGCGCCAGCGCUUCUGCGUCUGGCAACGCUGCUGGCGCCAACAUGGUAUCGAACGGCCUGAUGGUUCUCGGUGCAGUCGCUGCUGGUGUCGCUGCUGUUUUGUAAAUAGAUUUAUCUUGCAUGAGGCGGAGAUUGGGCGGGAAUCGGGCCAGGGGGCAUGCAGCAUAUUGCGUUUUCUCUCAAGCAACCCCCUUUUUUUUUAGAAUGAUUAAAAGGACAUGCCGAGCAUCAUUUUGAGAUCUACCUUGCCUUA